UUUGACAAUAUGGUCCCACCUUGAGUAAUAUCCGAAUUACUAAUAACAAAGGGUACAUCUUCGGAAAAAGGACUAGCGAGGACGUCCGAUCGCUGUCACACGCACUUAGCCACCGCAGAAAUGCCGAAAAAUGGCGACGCCGGCAACCGGAGCGGCUCCGGGACCACCAGCGACGGCUGCAUCUAUCCGGACGACGUCAUAAUGGGCGUGGGUGUUGCAUUCAACGUCCGUUAUACGGGAUGCGUGGAGGUCAAGACCUCAAUGAAAUCGCUGGAUUUCGAGACCCGAACACAGCUGGCGCGGGAGUGCAUCAAUCGCGUUUGCGAGGCGGCAGGUUUAAAGUCUGCUGGAAAGCGUAGAUUAACCAGCUUCAUAUCGGAUCGCCCCAGCAUGCAGCACGCUGGCACUAACAUCAUCAUUAAUGUUUCCAGCCGAGCUUUGUCCCUGAGCAACGUGGAAACAGGCGAGGUUAUAGCCAAUCAUAAUAUGCCUCGCAUAUCAUUCGCCUCUGGCGGUGACAAUGAUACCCUAGACUUUUUGGCAUAUAUAGCCAAAAAUGAAGAUGAAUGGAGGGCUUGUUAUGUCCUGGAAUGCGUUGGUGGCCAAAGCGAGGAUCUGAUUGUGACUAUUGGAAAGGCCUUUGCAUUGCGCUUCAAUGCGCUCAGUCGGCUUAAUGAUCCUUCCGGUGAUUGCAACAUCAAUCAGAGCUGCAAAGAGAAUGUUAAGGAGUAUUAUAACGAUUUGCCAAACAAAUUGCCGCCAGAACUGCCUGAACAACAACAGCAGAUUCCACUGCAUCCGCAUACACCACGUGUGGCACAACUGAAUCUGAAGAAGCCACGCGAUCGUCUGAGCAGCAACCUCAUCGACCUCAACUCCCCGCCUCCUGAUCAGACGACCAAUAAGCUGGGUCACUUUGAAGCGACUACGGCUGCCAGUUCCGUUUUAGCCACAGUACGCGAUGUGUUUGAUGGGCCGCAGUGUCCACUUACGGCGGAAGUGUGGUUCCAUGCCGGUAUAUCAAGACCGAUUUCAGAGCGCUUACUGCAGCAGGAUGGUGAUUUCUUAGUGCGAGAGUCACAGGGGAAGCGGGGCCAAUACGUUUUAACUGGAUUAGAAGGCAAAACCCCCAAGCAUUUGCUUCUCAUCGACCCGGAAGGCGUAGUCCGGACCAAAGAUCGAAUUUUCGACAGCAUUAGCCACCUGAUCAACUACCACUGGGCGCAUGCACUGCCAAUCAUAUCGGAGGAUUCCGAGCUGGUCUUGCGUAAUCCGGUACGAAGACCUCAGCAGGAUCAGGCUGUAGCUCCCCUUGCAACAGCAGCUUCCUGAACCGGAGGGCACAAUCAUACGUAUACCUACCACCCUUCACAUACAUAACAUAUAAAUAUACAUAAUGGCAUCAGUGUACACGCUUAGAUUUAAAUAUUGUGCACGUGUAGAGAAUAUCUUUUAUAUAUCGUCUGUAUAAAAACGAACCCAUAUAUUUAUGGAUUGAAUAUAUACAUAUUUACAAAUAUGUGCAUGGCUACAGUAUUUUCCAUUCGAAUGCGAAUAAAUAUGAUAAACUGGAACAGA